AUGUCUUAUAUUAUUAUUACACCAAAAUAUAUUAAAGUUGGUUGUGAUAACCAAAUUUUAGUUUCUGUUGCUACUGCAUAUCAACUAGUUCGAAAUUUUCGAUCUCGUGCCGGCUCGAUAAAAAUUACAUCAUUCGAAAGAGCAGAAAAAACUGAGUAUGGUGAAACACAUAAUGUUAUAUUAGCUGUUUCAAAAAAAUUUCCAAUUGGUCUUGGUAAAUUAAUUAUAACUGGUACUGGUGGUCUUAAUUUUGAAGAAAAACGUGAUAUUAUUGUAUAUGAUAAUUGUCAUGUUAUUCUUGUACAAACAUCAUCAUCAACUUAUCGUCCACAUGAUACAAUGGAAAUUCGUGUUGUUGUCACUAAUGAAAAUCUUAUUCCAAUUGAAUAUGGUGAACUUAUUGUUGAAAUUUAUGAUGCUGCUUUUAAACUUGUUGGUGAAUUUCCAAAUGUUCCUAUUCAUUCAGGUCUUACUAAAGUUCUUCGAUAUCCACUUGCUGAACAUGUUAAUGUUGGUACAUGGCUUGUUUCAGCUACAAUUGGAAAUACAACAUCAUCUAUUGAAGUUAUUGUCUCAUGUCCAUUAAUACCAUCAUUUGAUGUUAAUGCUAUUUUUCAACGAUUUCUUCUUCGUAUAGAUGAAACACUUCGUGGUGUUAUUAAAACCAAUGAUGAUCAUAAUGAACCAAUAUUUGGUCCUGCUAUAAUUGCUAUAGGUGAAUUAACUGAACAAGACAUUAAAUCAAAAAUGAAAAUGGGAUUAAAAGAAGUUAAACCCAAAAUUGAAGAAUGGUCUAUUUAUAUUCAAGUUUACAUUCAAGUAACUGAUCUUAUUUCUGGUCAAGAUCGUAUUAUUCAUUACAUGAUUCCAAUCUUUACACAUGAUAUUCUCUAUGAUAUUCGACCACUUGAAUUUGAAAUUGGUGUUAAAAAUGAAUUUCAAAUUAUUGCUAAACGUCCAGAUGGUAAACCAAUUGAAAUGAAAAAUAUUAUUGUUACUGGUACAAUGAUAAUGGAUGAUGAAUAUGGUAAAAAACAUGUUGAAGAAGUAGUUGAAAUUAAAGAUUUCUGUAAACGUGAUCGUAAUGAUAUCGGUUUCUUCAAUCUUGAGAUUCCUAAAAAUUGUAUCGGUGUUCUUAUGGCUAUAACAUCAUUAGGUGAAGAUGACUCACAUGCUCUUCCAUUUAUGCCAAAACGUCGUCGUCAUGGUGCUAAAUUAUCUAUUGAACUUUUACCAUCAACAGUAGCUCCAUUUAAUACAAAUGAUACAGAUGUUAAUGUUCCAGUUAUUAGUUCACCAGAUUCAACAGUUGGUCGUACAUCAAAUUUUUAUAUUCAAUUAAUUCCAUCAAAAUCUGUAGAAAAUUUCGAACGAUUACUUAUGUCAUAUGUUAUUAUGACUAAUGGUCGUAUAACAUUUACUGGAAAAUUUUAUGCUAAAUCAAUAAAAGAAUGUCCAACAACACCACUUUGUUCAAUUAAAUCAGAAGAAGAAAAACCAUUAGUUUGUGUAUUUAAAGGUAUUUUACCAAUUUUAAUAACACUUGAUAUGAUGCCAUAUUCAACAUUACUUGUUUACACAUUUCAACCAACAUUCGAUUUUUAUGUUGUUGAAUCAUAUCGUUUUUCAGUUGCUGAUCUUUUUCAAAGUUCAUUAAAAUUAAAUGCAACAAUUGUUCCAUUUAUGCCAACUGAAAAAAUUAUUGAAAAUGAUAGUUUUAUGAAAGAAAUGAAUGUUAAACCAAUAUAUAUUUCAAAUAAAAUACAAGAAAAAACACGUGUUGAACUUUCAUUUACUGGUGUACCUGGUUCAACAGUUGGUCUUAAUGUUUUUGAAUACGAUGCAAGUUAUACAGGUCGUGAUUUAAUUCGAAAGAUGAUUUUUGGUGUUAAUUCAUCAUCAUAUGAUUUAUCAGUAGUUGAAGGUGAUGAUAUUUAUAUAACAUCAAAUAUGGAACAAUUUUAUGAUGAUGAACAAAUUCGACGAUCAAUAUUAUCAUCAUCCUAUAAAUUUGGUACGUCAUUAUGGUUUAAUAAAAUGAAUUCAAAAUUAUAUAAUAUUUCACAAGAAGCAUUUACAUUUAUGCGAUCAGGAUUAACAAUUAUUUCUGAUUUUGAAUGGUUACGUAUUCCAAAAGAUAUAGAAUAUGAAAAUUUAUCGAAAUUAUUUUGGAAAUUUGAUGAAAAAUUAACAAUGUUUAUGAAUGAUUAUACAUUUAAUAUUCGUGAUGAAGCUCGACAAUUACUUGAAGAAUAUAUUAUUCAAGCUGAUUUAUCUAUGAUUCCACCAUCAAUUACGCUUAAAGAUCAAUCUCAUAUGAGUUAUUAUCGUUCAGUCUUCUUCAAUACAAGUGAUAUUAAAUCUGAAGGUAUUGGUAAAGUUCUUCUUCCACGAAUAAAACCAUAUUCAAUAUGGCUUGCAACUGGAAUUGCUCUUAAUAAAAAAUCAGGUUUAUCUAUUGCUCAACCAAUUUAUUUACCAAAUAAUACCGGCCUUUUUGUUCUCGGUAAUUGUCCAAAACAAGUUAAUAUUGAUGAACAUGCUCUUUUAACAUAUGGUAUUAAUAAUUAUCUUGGUAAAGAUUUAACAAAUGUUAUGCUUCGUAUUCGUACUUCAUCUGAUUUUGAACUUUUUGAAGAAUCAAAACCAGAACAUGUUGUAUCAAGUAUUGAUAAAAAUUAUACACUUACAAUUCCAUUACUUAAAUCAUUUGGUGUUGAAACACUUGAAUCGGAAUUUGGUGGUGAUUAUGAAAUUUUAACAAUUUUUGUAAAUGAAUCAAGUAUUGAACGUAAACAAUUAUCAGUACAUUUUUUUGAUUUAAUAAACGAAAAGAAGAUUUAUAGUCCAAUUGUUGAAAAAAUAACUCCAACAUCAACUCUUCCUACUGCUUUUAAUUAUUUUAUUAAACGAUAUACAACAGAAACAAAUACAUUAGUUGGUAUUGAUAGUGUUAUUGUUUGUCUUUAUCGUUUACUUGGUCUUCGUCAUUAUUUACGUGAAAUAAUGCAAACUGAAUUACCAAUCUUUGAUAUGGCAGCUGAUAAUAUAGGAAAAGCUUAUCAAACACUUCAACUUUAUAAUAAUAAUGAUGGUUCAUAUUCAUUUAUAUCUGAUAAAGGUACACAAUAUUCAUCACUUUAUUUAACAUCAUUAGCAUUUGGUGCUAUGAUUUCACCAAUGAUGUCAUUUCGUGAUAAUGUUACACUUAAUCGUACAUUAAAUUGGAUAUUAUCUCAUCAAGAAGAAGAUGGUUCAUUUAAUGAUAAUGAUCCAUUUUUUUCAUCAUUACGGAUUCUGUGCUAG